AUGCACAUAAAGAGGAUCGCGAUUCAAGGCUUCAAAACCUACAAAAACACAACUAUUGUUGAAGAUCUAUCUCCCAAGCAUAAUGUCGUCGUGGGCAGAAAUGGAUCUGGAAAGUCAAACUUUUUUGCAGCUAUCCGGUUUGUUCUCUCUGACGCCUAUAGUCACAUGUCAAGGGAAGAGAGACAGAGUCUUAUUCAUGAAGGCUCUGGAACGGUGAUGUCUGCGUACGUGGAGAUAGUGUUUGAUAACACUGAUCGCCGAUUUCCCAUUGAUAAAGAUGAGGUUACAAUCCGGAGAACUAUUGGUUUGAAGAAAGAUGAUUACUCUUUGGACUCUAAAGGCACAACAAGAACUGAUAUGAUGAAUUUGCUGGAAACAGCUGGUUUUUCUAGGUCUAAUCCGUACUAUAUUGUACCCCAAGGAAGAAUCACAUCUUUGACAAAUGCAAAAGACACAGAAAGACUUCAGUUGUUGAAAGAGGUCGCGGGCGCUAAAGUCUUUGAGACAAAGCUCAAAGAAUCGCAGAAAGAAAUGACGAAUUCCUUGAAAAGGAAAGAAAAGAUUGAUGAAAUGCUCGAAUUCAUCGAAAAUCGUCUUGAAGACUUGGAUCUUGAGAAGGAUGAUUUGAAAAACUUUGAGAAGUACAACAAUCUCAAGAAAGCUUUGGAAUUCAAUAUCUUUGAUAGAGAACUCAUUUCUGUGAGUGACACUAUUACUAGCAUUGAGGACAAGCAUUCUCAUGCCCUCGAUGGUUCCAACGACCUUGUGCAGAAACUCGAAGAGAGAGAAAAGCUUGCAAAAAAACUGCAGAACCAGAUCUCCGACUUAAAUUCAAACAGAAAACUCAUUGAAAUUGACAAGUCCGAGAACGACGCGGAAAUCAGAGAGCUGCUGAGCAGAAUAGCAGAACUCAAAGUUAAGGUAGAGGACUGGAAAAACUCGGAUGCAAUUGCAGACUCGCAGAGAAUUACUGAUAACGAAACUCUCUCGGCACUGAAGAAAAGCAUACAGAAAAGGGAAAGGAAGCUGCAGGAACUCACACCCACUCUGGAUGAUAUGUCAGAGAAAGAAUCUACUUUGAAAACUCAACUUAGCAUUUUGCGCGCGCAAGAAAGAACCUUGUUUUCAAAGCGGGGCAGGUCGCUACAGUUUCAGAAUAAGGCCGAGAGAGAUAUGUGGCUUAGGUCAGAGAUUGAGCUUAUCGACAAGAAUUUAGCUGCGAAACAGGCAGAACGCGAUGCUCUAAGGAAGUCUCAGAAAGAAAAGGAGCUUCAUAUACAGAGUGUCACUGAACAGGAAGCCAUCCUAGAAACUCAGUUGAAUGAGGGUCCAGAUUCUGUCAAGGCGAAACUGAGUCAAGCUGAAGCUGUUCUGAAGAGCACGAAGCAGUCUUUUGAUCUUCUUUCGGACGAGCGUAAAGCAUUAUGGCGCGAUGAAAGCAGACUUUCAAAUAUUCUGAUCUCUUAUGAUCAGGAAAUCAGCAGUGCUCAACAGGAUAUCAAUGGAACCAUGGAUAGGUCGCUUGCUCAAGGACUUGAGUCAGUUAGGAGAAUUACCAGUCAACUUGACUUGAGUGGUGUUUAUGGCACUUUGGGUGAACUGAUCGAGGUAAGUGACAAGUACAAAAUGGCAGCCGAAGUAGUUGGGGGAAAUUCUCUGUUCAACGUUGUGGUGGAUACAGACAGAACUGCAGGUAUCCUUAUGGAGGAACUAACGAGAGAAAAGGCAGGAAGAGUGACGUUCAUGCCUUUGAAUCGCUUGAAACCUCAGACAGUACAGUAUCCCUCUUCUAAUGACUGUGUCCCUCUGAUCAAGAAAAUCGCCUUCGAGGACUACCUUGCUCCGGCUGUGGAGCAGAUUUUUUCCAGAACUGUGGUGUGUAUAUCUUUGGAGAGAGGAAGCCAGUUGGCUCAAGAAUAUUCCCUAAAUUCAGUUACCCUUGAUGGAGACAUCUGUGACAGAAGGGGUGUGUUGUCGGGUGGAUUUAGAGAGUUCAAGAAGUCGCGCAUUGACUAUCUGUAUAGUUUGAAGAAGUGGAAGACGGAAUAUGAAGCAACGAAGUUGAAGUUGGAAGAAAUCCAACAAAAACUCUCUUCCAAGGAUGUGGAACUAAACCGGUUUAACGAUGAGAUUUCCAAGCAAAGAAAACUCACAGAUGCACUAGAGAACCAAAGAGAUUCAGUUAUGCUCGAGAUAUCAACUUUGCAUAACGACAAAUCACGUUUGGAUUCGGAAAACGUGCUCUUGAAAAGUCAACUUGCUCUGGCUAACGACUCUAUAAAGGUGCUGGACACCCAACGUCUUGAAAAGGCGACAGAGUUGCAGUCAAACUUUUCCCAGUCUCUGUCCAGUGCUGAACUCGCUGAGCUGAAAAGCAUGAGCACGAAAAUUCCGGCAAUUGAAAAAGAGCUUGAUGUCACUACUGAUAUUCUCAGCCAAACUGAGUUGGAGUACUCCACGAUCAAGAUUGAAUUGGAGCAGAACUUCUAUCCUAGAAUGAAGAAAAUGACUUCCCAGGUGGAGAAACUGACUCGAAACAUUCCGGAGGAGUCAAGCGAAUUGGCAAAUCUUACGCAAUCGCUCUCGCUUUUGCAAGAACAACUUCAGGAGUUUGAGACAACCAACUCGAGCUUCCAGGAGAAACUAGAAGAGAUUGAAGCAGAGAUUUCUUCUAAGACGGAGAGUCUGCGGAAGAUAGACGAAAGCCAAAAAGCCAGGCUGAGAAAACUCGAAAGCUUGGGACAGGUAUCUGAAAAGCAUUUAAGCAAAAAGGUUGCCCUUGUCGGUCGCAGAGACGAAAUCAACAAAAAGAUUCGCGAAUUGGGGGCUUUACCAGAGGAAGCUUUUGGUUCAUUCAGAGAUAGUUCAUCCGAUGUGCUACUUAGACGCUUAAAUGAAGCGAAUCAGAUGCUGAAACAGUACGGUCACGUCAACAAAAAAGCUCUAGAGCAGUACUUGACAUUUACCAAACAAAGGGAUGAUCUUGUGGAAAGAAGGUCAGAGCUUGACACAGCCAAAAGUUCCAUUGAAGAACUUGUUGCUAUUCUCGAGCAGAGAAAAGAGAAUGCGAUUGUCAGAACUUUUGAAAAUGUUUCGCGAGAAUUCUCAAACAUCUUCUCUAAGUUGGUUCCAGCUGGUGUUGGUUCCUUGAUAAUCCAAAAGGGAAAUGACGAGAGCUCCGAAUCUUUCACUGGGGUGUCGAUUUCUGUUUCGUUCAAUUCCAAAGAGAAUGAACAACAACGCAUUGAGCAACUAUCUGGGGGGCAGAAAUCGUUAUGUGCUAUUACCCUCAUCCUUGCCAUUCAGAACUGCGAUCCUGCUCCCUUUUAUCUCUUCGAUGAAAUCGAUGCUAAUCUGGAUGCCCAGUACAGAACGUCUGUUGCCAGACUUAUUCACCAAUUGGCUGACGAUGGUGCACAGUUCAUCUGUACAACGUUUAGACCCGAGAUGCUCCAGGUUGCCGACAAGUUCUUUGGAGUGACUUUCAGCGAUAAGGUUUCUACGGUUUCGGAUAUUGAUAGAUCUGAGGCAUUAGCUUUUGUAGAAGGCCAGCAGCAACGUUAG